AGACAAGCGCUGGUGUAAUUUGUGGAGUGUCCAAUGGAGAUGCUUCAAGUAGUUGUCAUUGUUUCCAUGUGCUUUGCAGUCCACGGUGCAGUCACAUACGAAGUAUGCUUGGACAAGAAUAAAAAGUAUAAAGAAAAGGCGUUCGCUUGCCAGGACAAACUGCCAGAAGCAAGUUGCAAAGCAUUGUACCCACCAGGCGGGCUCAGGCCUGGAGAUGAUACUGACAGGGCUGCUAAUUCGCCUUCAGCGACUUCAAAUGUUGACAAGAAUAUUCUCAAAGUGGCUCUGGAAAACUGUGCAAAGACAUGUGCCGUAUGCUGCAAGUCACCCAUUUAUGACUGUGAAGACAGAAGCAUUGGAUGCGCCCAGUGGAAAAAUCAAUGCAAGGACCAAGAGUGGGUGAAGAUUCUUGAUUUGGCUUAUAAGUGUCCAAAAACGUGUGGACUGUGCGAAGAAGAGAUUCCAGGGUGCAAGGAUGUAGCGAAGAACUGCGACAAAACUCUGUGCGGAAUGGUGGAAAUUGCAGAUAUAAUGAAGGAACAGUGCAAGAAAACAUGCGGUUACUGUGAUAUAACAAACACUACUACUCCAGCAAACACCACUACUGAAAAGCCAAUUGCCACUACUCAAAAUGGACUUGUUCCUACUUCCGCUUCAAAGGAGUCCGACACAACUAUCCCUUGUGGAGCACACCAGAGAUGUGCGAUAUGGAACAAGAAUGGGUUCUGUAAUAAUACCUUCUAUCCUUAUGAGUACAAGAGGAGAUUCUGUGGCAAAGAUUGCGGUAUAUGUUGAGCUUAGACUCAAGCAAACUCAAUUCAC